CCUCUCUCCGCCAUUCUCUCUCUUCCACCACGAUUUCCAGUCUAUCGACUUUCCUUGAGGGUCGAGGAUGUAAAUUGUUCGUCGCUCAUCUGGUACCAGUAUGCCGACAAGCCAGAUGCCUGGGAUAAGCUCUCGAGCUUCCCAGCACCCGGGCGAUGACACUCGGCCAACGAGCAAGAAGGAGCUUGCUGGGUGGUAUAGCUAUGGAUGGGCAGCCGAGGUCUUCACCGUGUGCGCGAUGGGGUCUUUCCUCCCCAUCACCCUAGAGCAGAUGGCUCGAGACCGUGGCGUCCUCCUGUCAGAUAAAAGGACUCCAUGUAGCACUACUUGGCACGGUUCAGGAACAUCAGCCAUGGACCGUGAUACUCUGACCUCCGUGUCCCGUACAAGCCAAUGUGUGGUGGAUGUCCUUGGAUUCGAAAUCAACACAGCUAGUUUCGCCAUGUACACUUUCUCGCUCAGUGUCUUCGUGCAGGCGAUUCUGAUAGUAUCAAUGUCGGGCGCUGCGGACCAUGGAAACCAUCGCAAGAUGCUCCUGGUUACGUUUGCACUCAUUGGCUCUAUUGCUACAAUGCUCUUUCUCUCAGUAACACCUAGCGUUUAUCUUCUCGCCAGUUUAUUCGCAAUUGUGGCGAAUACCUGCUUUGGGGCGUCUUUUGUCCUCUUAAACUCAUUCUUGCCUCUUUUAGUCCGACACCACCCCUCUCUGUCCGAAGAAAAUGAUAACGAAGUGGCCCCGUCAAGCUCGGCUGGAUCCGAUACUCAUGGAGCAAAUAACUCUCGCCAUAUUGGAAGCGACGAAACGGCACUAUUGCUGCAGCCUGAUCGUGUUGAUCACGGGGCUUCUGUGGGAGCAACAGCCCAACCAACUUCCAUGCGUACUUCACGAGAACUAUCGCUUUCCACCCGGAUAUCAUCAUACGGAAUCGGUAUUGGGUACAUCGGUUCGGUGAUACUCCAGGUAAUUUGCAUCCUUGUCGUCAUAAAAACCAAUCAAACCACAUUUUCACUGCGCCUCGCCUUGUUCCUCAUCGGACUUUGGUGGUUCAGUUUCACCAUCCCAGCUGCCCUUUGGCUGCGCCCUCGGCCUGGGCCACCGAUACCACUCUCCGGGGACGGGAAGCAAAGCUAUUCAUGGCUCAAGUAUAUAAUAUAUGCCUGGAAGUCAUUAGGUCGAACGGCCUUACGGGCCCGACGCCUAAAGGACAUCUUGUUAUUCCUCGCGGCUUGGUUCCUCCUCAGUGACGGAAUAGCUACCGUGAGUGGAACCGCGGUUCUCUUUGCAAAGACACAGCUUCAGAUGCAGCCUGCCACCUUAGGGUUGAUCAAUGUGAUUACAAUGGUUGCAGGAGUUCUGGGCGCAUUUUCCUGGAGCUAUGUAUCGCGAGUCUUCGGUCUCCGUGCAUCACAGACUAUCAUUGCAUGUAUCAUGUUGUUUGAGCUUAUCCCGCUCUAUGGCCUCUUGGGGUUUAUCCCAGCCGUGAAGGACUUGGGGUAUCUUGGACUUCAACAGCCCUGGGAAAUGUUCCCGCUGGGGGUCGUGUAUGGUCUUGUCAUGGGCGGGCUGUCAUCAUACUGUCGAAGUUUCUUUGGUGAGCUGAUCCCCCCGGGCUAUGAAGCGGCUUUCUACGCGCUCUACGCCAUCACCGAUAAGGGCUCAAGCAUCUUCGGUCCCGCUAUCGUGGGCAUUAUCACGGAUCGCUACGGCGAUAUUCGACCAGCGUUUCUAUUUCUGGCGGUCUUGAUCGGAUUGCCCCUGCCGCUCAUGUUCCUGGUGGAUGUAGAACGGGGCAAGCGUGACGCGCUUGGAUUAUCCGCCGACCUAGAUGGCAGACAGGAGACGGGGGCUCCUGGCUACGGAACGAUUUCCCACGUCCCACCUGACUCCGACCGUGUCGACGCUGCGGUAAUGGAGGACUGAAAAUGGUGAAAGAGGACCCUCCACGAUGAAUUAUGUUCUUCUAUGAUUGUUAUUGUACUGCAUGUAGCGCUGUAAGGUACCGGGUAGUAAAUGUCCAUGCGACCGGUUAUGAAUACUAGUUAUCUUGCAUGC